GUGAUGUUCUGUUCUCGUCUCGCCCCUUUUCGCCCGAUUUCGGUCUCGAAAUCUAGGGUUAGGGUUGAGAUCACAAACUGCGUAAAAUUUGGGCGUUUUGUCCGACCGUUAACUUCGAUCUUCUUCCCUUUGGACUGUUCUAGGUGUUCGAUUUAGUGGCCGAUUGCAACGUCGUACUUGCGGCGAUCGAUUUUGAGGUUCUUGGAUUCGUCGCCGGGGAAUCGAUGAACGACCCGUCGCAGGCGUUGAACCGAAGCUUCGGGAUCUGGCCUCCCCCGCGACCGCCGGUGGAGGAUCCGAUGGGGUUCUCGAAUCCUCCCGCCAGGCUUCCUCCGCCCUUCGCCGCACCCGGAGGAGCCAUGCCUAGCCGGAUGAACUGGAAGGCUAAGAAAGACGCCGACAAACGCAAGAUGGCGACGGGCGGCAGCGGUGGAGGCGGAGCGGUCCCCAUGGGUGGUGGACUGCCGUCGCUUGGUGGUGUGCCCGCCGGUGGAGGCGUCUCCAGCUACAAACCUCCGACCCUCAACGAGCUCCAGUUCCAGAACCGCGUCAAGGCUCGCAGGUUCUACCAAAAGAAGAAAUUUUCGCGCUCCGCCCCCUUCGCCCCCCGCAACACAACCUCCUUCAUCAUCCGCGCCAAGAAGUCCGGCGGAAUCGCGUCGCAGGUCUCCCCGUACCCCGUCACGCCCGCGGUCCUCCCGACCCCCAAGCUCUCUCCCACUCGCGAGGUCCUGGCUGACAUGGUCAAGGAGGAGUGGGGCGUUGACGGCUACGGCUCCAUGAAAGGGCGGAUCCGCCUCCGAUCGCCGAGCGGCGGCUACGAGAUCCGUCCGUACGGCGGCGGCGGCGAAGAUGACCUGGUGGACGAGGAGGGGUCGAGCGAGAGCGACGUGGAGGAGCACCUGGAAGUGGAACGGCGGCUGGACCACGACGUGAGCCGGUUCGAGAUGGUCUACCCACGGGAACAGUACGGCCUGGAGUCGGCGGCGGACUUGUUGGAGAGCAGGGUGGACGACCAGGACGCCCGCAUCGCGAGGCUGGAGGAGGAGAACCUGACGCUAAAGGAGAGGCUUUUCCUGGUGGAGAGGGAGAUGGGCGAGCUGAGGCGGCGGCUGCAGUUGCUCAAGCCUCACGGCGGCCUCCUCGAGAAGGAGCUUAGCGCGAACACUAACGACGAUGCGAACAACAACAAGAACAACAACAGCGACAGCGGCAACGCAAUGGAGGCGCCUCCGCCGGAAGUUGACGACGACGGCGAGGAGUGCUCGGCCGGGAGCAGCGGCAAUCCACACUGGAAUGAGUGAGGAGCAACAAGGUACGGUUCCUGCCACUUGUGUGUAAAGUCCUAGUCGCCAAAUGCUAUAGUAGGAUCACAGUCUUGUAGAACUGCAACUGCAACUGCAAUCAAAAAUCGAUCAGAUGAUUGAAAGACUUUGUGUUCUUGUUUUUUGUUGUUAAUUUCUUGUGUGGAUUUCAGAUUUACUACUCAAAUUUCUUCGAUAUUGAAUGUGAUAA